AUGCCUCGUCAAGUAACAUUGUCCAAGCCUUUCUCUGGCACACUCACACAGCAGGUCGAAGUCAUCGGCGGCCACAACGGCUCUGCCUCGAUCCACCGCACCAACAAGUCCAACAACGGCGCCUCAGACGAGAAUGGGGGCGAUGUUCCCGCUUUCCCUUCUAGUACAUCCAAGGACAUCUAUGGUACGGGUAUCAAGGUCGAUUUCAACACAAUGGAGAUUCAGUGGAGCGACGGCGAUGACGACAGUGUUGAUGUCAACGAGAUUGCUGGUAAACAGAAGGACGAGUUCAAGAGCAUAGCGGACAGCAUUGAGGCGCUGGCCAGGACAUUCGCUAAGACGGACUCUGCAGUGUGAAUCUUUCUACAACAACAUUGUCGCAGUACCUAA